AUGGAAAUAGCGGACCUGCCUUUAGUUCCAGAGGUGCUGCGCUGCAGCCGCGACGGCAAAAUACAGAGCAAAGCGACAUUAGCAGCAGCAGCAGCAGCAGCAGCAGCAGGGCUGCAGCAGCAGCAGCUGCUGCAGCUGCUGCAGCAGCUGGACCCAGCAGCAAAACGGGACUUCUUUAAUAAACUAAAAGAAAAAGGAAAUAAACAUUAUUACCAAAAUGAAUAUGCAGCAGCAAUCUCUUGUUACGAGCAGGCCCUCUUAGCUAUUGAUUUCGAGCAGCAGCAGCAGCAGCAGCAGCAGCAGCAGCAGCAACAGCAGCAGCAGCAGCAGAAGCGUGACGGCCAGCAACAGCAAGAGCACCAACCCGAGCCUGCACCGCCACAGCCCCAGCAGCAGCAGCAGCAGCAGCAGCAGCAGCAGCAGCAGGAAAGCCUGCUGCAGCAGCUGAGUCUCUCGUCUGGAGAGCAGCAGCAGCAGCUGCUGCAGCUGCUGCUGAAUCUAGCAGCAUGUUUGCUGAAGCAGCAGCAGCACGAAAAAGCAAAAAGGGUUUGCGAAAUGGCCCUUUGUUUAGACAGCAGCAACUUCAAAGCUCUUUAUAGAGCAGCAGCAGCAAAUAAACAUUUGGGGGAUUUCAAAGCAGCAAAAGCGAAACUCAAACAGAUCUUGUCGCUGCUGCUGCAGCAGCAGCAGCUGCUGCAGCAGCAACAGCAGCACGGGCCUUCCUCUGUGCAGCAACACGCAGACUGUACUGAUCCGGCUGCUGCUGCUGCUGCUGCUGCUGCUGCUGCUGCUGCACCUAUUGCGCCUGCUGUCGCUGCCGCACCUGCUGCAGCAGCUGCUACGCCUGCUGCAGCUGCUGCUGCUGCACCUGCUGCUGCUGCUGCUGCAGCUGCUGCAGAAGCUGCUGCUGCACCGGCUGCUGCUGCACCGGCUGCUGCUGCACCUCUCGCAGCAGCUGCUGCUGCACCUGCUGCUGCUGCUCCUGCCGCAGCAGCUGCUGCUGCACCUGCUGCUGCUGCGCUGCAGCAGCUGCGUUCUUUGUGUCUGCGGGAGCUGCAGCAAAUAGAGCAGCAGCAGAAAAGAUUUGCUGCUGUCUGCGCGCGGAUCAGCAGCAACAGCAGCAGCAACAGCAGCAGCAGCGUGAAUAGCAGCACCAAGCAGCCGCAGCAGCAGCAGCAGCAGCAAACAGCAGCGGCAGCACUAGCAAGAGCCCCAGCAUCCACAGCAGCAACAGGCACAGCAGCAGCAACAGCAGCAGCAACAGCAGCAGCAGCAAGUACAGCAGCAGCAGCAGCAGCAGCAGCAGCAGCAGCAGCGGACUCGUUGUUUGAUGAGCUGGAAGUUGUGUCCGGGGUUUUGAUCGCAGACGAGAAGUUUGUUGGAAAGUUUCAAAAAAGUUUUAUUUUUAUUUUUGAAAUAAAUAAAAGCUGCUUCUUUUGUGGGGUCCGCUGA